AUGGCAGCCGCAGUGUCUGGAUCCCGUGCAUCUGGGCGACAUGCCUCGCCGUCAGACGGGAUCCCUUCCAUCACAGAACAGGUGAACAAUCAGACUGGCUCGCGGAAAUCCUCUCUGGGCUUUCUUCGUCGUAGCAAGUCAACAGAGCCUUUAGCUGAACGCAGGUCGUCUAGCGGGAAAGCUAGCAAGAAGAUGAAGGAGCAGCAGGCAAGGGAAGAGGAGGCUCAACGUCCACGAGUGCCCCGGCAACCCCCUCGUCUCCCUUCUCUGUCUCCCGCCCCGCAGCUUGCAACCUUUGGAGGUGACGACUUGUCCGACAACGCUGGAGCGGCCAAAAUGUCGUCUUCCGCACCCAAAGCUUCCCCGCCAUCCAUUCCCGUCAGCUCGCCAAUGUCAGUAGCAAGCCCUGAUCCCUACGCACGAACGGAGAGUAUGACCCAUCGCGGCCGUUACAGCUAUGCAAGCAGCGCCGUGAGCAGCAUCAAUAGCCCACGGAGACUGCGUCGACGCAAGGAUCCGACUCCGUAUAAUGUCCUCGUUAUCGGAGCUCGUAACUCUGGAAAGACAUCGUUCGUCAACUUCCUUCGUAAAUCCUUGGCUUUGCCAUCCCACAAGCAUCCAAUCCGCCAUGUCGAUGAGCUGGAAAGUUUCGGUCACCAUUCCUACGAUGAUGGAUACAUUUCCCACUACCUGGAAACGGAGGUCGAUGGGGAGCGGAUAGGGGUUACCUUGUGGGAUUCUCACGGCCUGGAGCGGAACGUCGUGGAUAUCCAGAUGCGAGUUGUGGCCGGUUUCCUGGAGAGCAAAUUCGAAGACACACUGACCGAAGAGAUGAGGGUCGUGCGUUCUCCUGGAGUCCGAGACACCCACAUCCACUGUACUUUCUUGCUUCUGGAUCCCGCAAAUCUGGAUAUGAACAUAGCCGCCGCUGAAAGGGCUUUGAAAGGGACUGUAGAGGCAUCAGACCCCGAGCUUGUUGGCAUUCUCGAUGAGAGACUGGACAUCCAGACCUUGCGGGCCGUUUUGGGAAAAACAACUGUUGUACCCGUCAUCAGCAAGGCAGAUACUAUCACCACCGCUCAUAUGGCCUAUUUGAAAAAGGCGGUUUGGGACAGCCUAAAGAAGGCCAACAUUGAUCCCCUCGAAAUCCUCACAUUGGAAGAUCAGGAGGAAUUCACGUCAUCGGAAAGUGAUUCCGGAGAAGAAGAGGGCAAACCUGAUGAUCUGGAAAGCCCUCUAACUUCGGCAUCACUGACAGAGGAAGGGAAACCGGCGGCAGUUUCGCAGCCCGAGCCUUCCUUGCCUCCUGCUACGAGCCCGAUCAUCCCGUUUUCAAUAUUAUCUCCUGACCGCUACUCUCUGGAGUCGGAAGAGGAGCCAGUUGGGCGUAGGUUCCCAUGGGGCUUUGCUGACCCGUAUAACCCCACGCACUGCGAUUUCGUCAAGCUGAAGGAUGCUGUCUUCAGUGAGUGGCGUUCCGAGCUCCGCGCGGCCAGCCGUGAGGUAUGGUAUGAACGAUGGAGAACCAACCGCCUCAAUCGGAAUGGUGCACUCCCUCCUCAGAGUCAAGUUCGCGGCGGAAAACUAGGUCCUGCGGGCAACGGAUAUCGAAUGCGGUAG